AUACUUAUAGAAAAUCAGUAAUUAUUAACAGAAUCUGCUUUAUUGCUUCUGAUAUUGGUGGAUGUUUACUUAUCAUAUCAAAUGAGCAUGAUGACUUAGAAAGAAUUAAAAUGGAUCUUAGUGUUCAUAGAUUUCACAAUAAAAAUUUGACUUUUGAUUAUGAUUUAAUAGAUUUUUAUAAUUUAUUGAAUCCUGUUAAUGCUGAGAAACUCUUUAGAUGCUUAAAGGCUAAAAUUAAAAUGCCAUAUAUAAUUAAAUCAGAUUUCAUUAUUUAUACAAAUGAGGAAAAAUUAUUCAUUAAAAAAUUGACAUAUGAAGAAUAUUUAACAAAUUGGAACUUAAGUUGUAAAGAUAUAAUAUUUGCUCUUGAAGUGGCUCGAGAAAAAUUCAAAGUAUUCAGAGAAAAUAGGCAAGAAUUAGUACAUAUAAAAAAUAUGUUUAUAAGUGUGCAUUAUAUUUGGGGUGUUGAUAAAGAUAUUUCAGACAAAUAUUGGGAAGAGAUAUUUAAUGAUUCUUUGACAGAAAAAUUUCUUCUACAAUCUGACUUCAAUGGAAUUAUCAAAGAGGCUAAUAAUAAAUCAGAUAAAGAUACAACUAAUUUAUAUAAUUUGUUAUUAGAAAAUUAUAUUGAAGAUAAUUUUUUUUAG